UAUAUAAGUCCGAGCGUCAAAUUAACAGGACACAGAGCGACAAGUGAAAACUACGGGCUGAAAUAAUAUUCAAGAUGAGGGAAAUUGUACAUCUCCAGGCUGGACAGUGCGGUAACCAGAUCGGUGCUAAGUUCUGGGAAGUUAUUUCUGAUGAACACGGAAUUGACCCCACCGGUACAUACCACGGAGAUUCCGACCUUCAGUUGGAGAGGAUCAACGUGUACUUCAACGAAGCUACCGGAGGCAAAUAUGUUCCCCGCGCUGUCUUGGUUGAUUUGGAGCCCGGAACCAUGGACUCUGUCAGAUCUGGUCCUUUUGGACAAAUCUUCAGACCAGACAACUUUGUGUUCGGACAGAGUGGUGCUGGAAACAACUGGGCUAAGGGACAUUACACAGAAGGUGCUGAGCUCGUAGACUCUGUUCUUGAUGUGGUACGAAAGGAAGCAGAAAGCUGUGACUGCCUUCAGGGAUUCCAGCUUACACAUUCUCUUGGUGGUGGUACCGGAUCCGGAAUGGGAACCCUCCUCAUCUCCAAAAUCCGUGAAGAAUACCCCGACAGGAUCAUGAACACAUUCUCUGUUGUACCAUCACCAAAGGUAUCUGACACCGUGGUCGAACCAUACAACGCCACCCUCUCCGUCCACCAGCUUGUUGAGAACACAGAUGAGACCUACUGUAUCGACAACGAGGCUCUCUACGACAUCUGCUUCCGUACUCUCAAACUGACCACACCCACAUACGGUGACUUGAACCAUCUCGUCUCCGCCACCAUGUCCGGAGUCACCACCUGUCUCCGAUUCCCCGGUCAACUGAACGCCGAUCUCCGUAAAUUGGCUGUCAACAUGGUUCCCUUCCCCCGUCUCCAUUUCUUCAUGCCUGGUUUCGCUCCUCUUACAUCUCGUGGUAGCCAGCAGUAUAGGGCUCUUACCGUCCCAGAGCUGACCCAACAGAUGUUCGACGCCAAGAACAUGAUGGCUGCAUGUGAUCCUCGUCACGGACGUUAUCUGACCGUCGCCGCCAUGUUCCGUGGACGUAUGUCCAUGAAGGAGGUUGAUGAACAGAUGUUGAAUGUCCAGAACAAGAACAGUAGCUACUUCGUUGAAUGGAUUCCCAACAACGUCAAGACCGCCGUCUGUGACAUCCCACCACGUGGUCUUAAGAUGUCUGGUACCUUCGUUGGUAACAGCACCGCCAUCCAGGAGCUCUUCAAGCGUGUAUCCGAGCAGUUCACCGCUAUGUUCCGUCGUAAGGCUUUCUUGCAUUGGUACACUGGUGAGGGUAUGGACGAGAUGGAGUUCACAGAGGCCGAAUCCAACAUGAACGACUUGGUAUCCGAGUACCAACAGUACCAGGAUGCCACAGCUGAGGAGGAGGGAGAGUUCGACGAGGAGGAAGAGGAAGGUGGCGCCGACCAAUAUCAGACGUAAUCAGUACCAACUGUAACGUUCUGGGUACUGGAGCCACCAUCGAUGGUAGAUAUAGAUAAGAUAAAAUUUGAUAAAGGAUACUAUUUCAAGUGACAUCAUGAGAAGCAAUAAAAACAGUAUUGAAUCACUAUAAGCUGUAAAAAAGUAAACUUUGUUUUACAACAAUUGCUUGAUAUCAACUUAUAUUAAUCACUCUUGUUGGUCCGGAUGGAAGUGUGUUAGGGGUCUUACUGUGGGAGGGAAAAGGGAGUAACCGGGGUCAAAACCCACGUGGUCGGCAGGUGAGCCUACCAUACCUUUUCACAUCCGAUCUGGGAAUCUAACUCCACUGUGUCAACCGAGUACGACUAUUGACUGUAGCAACGUGAAUAUCAGCAGCGAUGCGAUGUGUGUCAGAAAACCCGGAAAUAUCGACAGAGAGGAUUGUCAAAAAGAAAUAACAAUGACCAAAUUUUGUAGGAUAAAUCAUUCUAACAUUUUACAUAAGAAUCAAUAUGUCAAACUGAUGGAUUAUCAGUUCGAAAUAUGGUUCGAAACCAGCAAAGGCCACCUCAAACGAAAAUACAUAUUAAAAGAAAAUAUUAAAAUGGUGCUUUAUCAAACAA